ACAACAACAACAACAACAACAACAGCCAUGUCUGUGAAUUAUGCUGCUGGGCUCUCACCGUACGCAGACAAAGGUGUUUGCGGACUUCCUGAGGUGUUUGACAGUCCUGAGGAGCUGAAGGCGAAUGUGGAGACCCUCGCUCAGUUGAUAAAAGAAUCUCAGUGCUUGGUUGUCCACUCUGGAGCAGGAAUCAGCACCUCAACAGGUAUCCCCGACUUCAGGGGUCCAAAGGGUGUGUGGACUAUGGAAGAAAAGGGUGAGUCACCUCACUUUGACACCACAUUCGAAGAUGCCCGGCCCAGUUUGACUCACAUGGCCCUCCUGGGACUGCAGAGGGCUGGCUACCUCAAGUAUCUAAUCAGCCAGAAUGUGGACGGCCUACAUGUCCGAUCAGGCUUCCCCAGGGAUAUGUUAUCAGAGCUCCAUGGAAACAUGUUUGUGGAGGAGUGUGAGAAGUGUGGCAGGCAGUAUGUCCGAGAAAAAGUGAUCGGUGUGAUGGGACUGAAACCAACGGGACGUUACUGUGAUGUGGUACGAUCCAGGGGACUAAGAGCCUGCAGAGGAAAGCUGAUAAGCACUAUACUGGACUGGGAGGAUGCUCUUCCUGACAAAGACCUGAACAAAGCAGAAGAUGCCAGCAGACGAGCAGACCUGGCACUGACGCUCGGCACCUCCCUGCAGAUUAAACCCAGUGGAAACCUUCCACUCCUCACCAAGCGCAAAGGAGGAAAACUGGCCAUUGUCAACCUGCAGACCACAAAACACCACAAGCAUGCACAGCUGCUCAUCCAUAGUUACGUAGACGAGGUCAUGAAACAGCUGAUGGAGCUGCUGGGAUUGGACAUCCCAAAGUGGGAGGGUCCGACAGUCUGCGAGAGCGCCAACGCUACCUCAGAGUCCACCACCGACGUCAAACCACCACGUCCAGUUACAGCGAAGAAAAAGUCGAUAAAGGACCCGAUCAAGGAGGAGAGGAAAAGAGACUCAACGGCACUAACGGACGAUGGAGAAGUUAAGGAGGAGGCGGUCUUGGUGAAGAGGGAGAGAGAGGACUCUCCAGUGGAGAAAAGUGAAGAGAAAUAGCCUCAGGUAUUUCUCUUCACAACAACUUCACGGCACAAACCCGUCCAGAAAUAAACUUUACAACUGAGGGUCUGUUGAUCAGUUUCAGAGGACAGAGGUUCUUCUCAUCUUACGCCCUCUGGAACAAAGACUCUUCUAGUACUGUAGUGGGGGUUUUUUUAUUCCAUGUUUCUUACACUCCACUUACAGCCACGAUGAAAAGCGAUGUGAAACUGAUUCCUCAGCUGAAGGCUCAAAACUCAUAAAGCAAAACUAGCUAAGGGAUUGUGAGCAGGGAACAAGGAUGGCGCUACAUUAGGUGGAUGUUUGAUGGGAGUAAAGCUGCAUGAUAUGAGGAAACUGUUGUUGAAUAUCGCAAUAAGGAUAUUUCUUACGAUAAAAAAAAAAAACUGAUAUUAAAGUGUAGCUGAUGCUCUCUUUCAACUAACUCUAAAAAUCUUUAGAGUCUUUCCCGAUGCAUUUAUCGCACAAGUCGACGUCACGAUGACGAUAAAGAAACGAUACAUUGUGCAGACCCUAAUUGGGAGUGUUUUCUUUUAAUUUUCAGUUUAAACAACAUGUCUACAUUUACUGAGACACACCUGCGAUGUAAAUGUUUCCUCCUGCUGUAGUAAGGACACUGUAAGGGUGAGUCUUUGCAUAUUAUUUAACUUGGGGCUUUACGUUACUUGGAGAACCGAUCUUUAAAAGACAAGGCGUCGAGAUGAGAUUGGAGCACACAGUUAUAAAUAAAGCUUUGAAUAAGGUGUGUAAGGUUAUUGCACCUUUUUUAUAAAAAGCUUUAUUUGUAGCCAUGCGCUUCAGAUCUCAUCCCUACAGAUCUAACCUUUAAAGACAUCUUUGUUUGAUAUCAAGAGAGCAUCUCCAAGUCUAAUUGACUUGUAGCCUCAUACAGCCUCAUACAGCCUCAUACAGCCUCAUACAGCUGGGGGAAAUAAAGGUCAAACCUGAUUCCAACAAUUACAAUAACGUAUUUUCUCCAAAAUCAUUAAAGUGCUUCUCCCGUUGUACAAAAGAGUUCUCCUCCUCUGGCAAUAUGUGUAAUUCCGCCUGAUAUAUGGCAUAAAUGGAGCGCCUGCUGCUGCUCGGCCAGAAAUAUACCAUAAUCACACCGUACGUUUCUAGGAAAAUGUUUUUAUCUCAGGAAAAAAGCAUUGUACUCUGAUGGAAAAAGUGACAGUUUUUUCUAACUAUUAAAACCUAUGUUUUGGCAAUAAACACAUUAAGUUCCUGGUAAAA